GCCGGACGGAUAGACGUGACGCCAUUUUAUGUCGGUUGCCGACCAACGAUUCUUUCACGUUGCCUCUUUGAUCCUAUUUCGUCGACACUCGUCAGUCGUUCAAUCAAUCAUUAAUACGCCAACCAUCCACAAUCGCCAUUCAAGUAGCGUGUCAAUUAUCACAGACACGGUCGUCGGUGAUGCACUGCUCUUGCUGCUGCUGAACCGCUGCUGUUCGUCGUCCUCAGCCGCCGCCUAUUCUGGUUUUUGUCCGGCGAUUUAGAGUUAAAUCGAUUCAUCCCAAUGGCCGCCAAUAAUUAUUUUGGGUUUACACAUGGCGGUACCCAAUACGCUACUGCAACUGGUUAUCAGCCCCCGCCUCAAGCUGGAUAUGCUGUACCACCGGCCACUUAUACAACACCACGAGCUGCUGCAACCGCAUAUGAUGUAGCUUCCUAUCAAACAGCUGCAGCAACACAGUCUGCUUAUGCAAAAGCAGCUUACAAUAGUGCAGCAUAUGACACUAGACAAAAUGCUUAUGCACAACAAGCAUACCCCACUCAGCCACAAUAUGCCCCAUAUCAAGCAGUUACUACGUAUACAACAGGAGUUGUUCCAAAGAAACAAUGUCAAGCUAAUGCAGCUGCAUAUGCUACUAGUUCAGCCAUGCAACAAAAAGUCACUUAUCCAAUCCAGUCUGCAGCAGUUACUCCUAAUCAGACUACAAAUAAAGCACCAACUGUACCAGGAUAUGAAGCUGUUUAUUCUAAUACAAAUUUUCCUACACAAAAUCAAAAUCAAAUACGACCUAAUAAUGCACAAAAAAGGCAGAAUUGGUUUAAAAAAAGUACUACUGGUUUUUCUGGAGGUGCUAAAGGUGGUAAUAGGGUAGGUUUCGCAAAUCGAUCUCAAGAAAUUCAUUAUUGUGAAGUCUGUCGUAUUAGCUGUGCUGGAACUCAAACAUAUAAAGAACAUCUUGAUGGACAAAAACAUAAAAAACGUGAAGCGAAUUCGAAGUUAUCCACUGUAAAUGUCAACAAACCUUCAAAUAAUCCGGCCACUAAAGUGUUCCAUUGUGAUCUCUGCGAUAUUUCUUGUACAGGUGCUGAUUCAUAUGCAGCACAUUUAAGGGGUUCUAAACAUCAGAAAGUUUAUAACUUGCAUACUAAACUUGGUAAACCAAUUCCACCUCCUAAUACUGAAACUGUGGCUGUUUCAAAAACUGCUACACCCAAAGUUAAUUUUAUAGCAGCUGGAAAAUUGGGAACAGUUAUUUCAAAAAUAGAAGCUAAUGUUUCCCCUGUUGUUACCGUUAAAACUGAAACUAAAAGUCUACCUCCUGUAGUAACUCCUAUUAUAACUGGUGAAACUGAUGUUCUACUUGUUGGAAUGGAAUACAUCGAAGAAAUAAAAGAUGAAACAGGUAAAAUGGUGAGUUUCAACUGUAAAUUAUGUGAAUGCAAAUUUAAUGAUCCCAAUGCUAAAGAAAUGCAUAUGAAGGGUCGAAGACAUAGACUUUCUUACAAAAAAAAAGUGGAUCCUAGUUUAGUAGUUGAAUUAAAACCAAGUUGGUUUGAAGCUCGUAGAAUGCAAAAAGACAAACAGCAUGAUGGCCCUAGAGUAAGAGAAGACAGGUCUAACUUUUGGGCUGAUCGUUUUAUGGAUAUGGAAGAUAGAUUUUCAUGGGAAGAUCGAAGACGCUAUCAAGAAGAAGUUGAGUAUUAUGAUUGGUAUAGAUCUGUAGGACCGAGAAAUAUGAGUAUGGGCCCACCACCACUUUUUGGUCCUCCAGCAAUGAUUGGUGCCCGACCACCUCCUCCUCAUAUGAUGAAGUUUGGAAUUGGAAUGAGACCUCAAAUACAUAAUUCAAUGCGCCGUUAUGAUACUGUUGAUGAUAAACAUAUUAUGGCUAAGCACUCUAGUCUUUUCCCUAAGCAAAAUGCUUUAAAAACUUUACAAAAAGCCAUUUCUGACACAGAAAAAGCACUGAAACUUGCUACUGAAGAUUUAGUGAAAACUGAAGUAGUUGUCCCUGAACCAGAACCAGAACCAGAAGCAGAAGUUGCAGAAAGUACUGAUGUAAAAAAAGAACAAACAAAAAAGACAACAAUAGCUAAAGAAGAUGGUCGCGAUGGCUCGAUGUUUACUUUUACUACUGAAAAAGAUGAUACUAAAAUAACAAAGACAAUGACUGGUUCUAUGCGUGUCGGAGCAUUGUCUAAAGGAUUGUUAUUAGUUCAUGAUAAUGAAGUAGACUUGGUAAUCAUAUGUACAGUACCACCAACUGUAUCAUUAUUAAACUCUGUGUUUGCUAUUUUACCAGAAAAAUUGAAGAUAGUUGCUAAAGAUGAUACAUAUACUGUAAAUAAACACGAAGCAGAUGCAAAACUAACAGUUGAGACCAUUUCAGAAGAAGAAAAAUAUGUUGUAAAUGUCAUUCUAACAUCACCUUCCAUAAGAGAGGCUAUUUUGAGUGCAGCUGAAGGAGAAAGCCAACAGACGGAACCAGUGGCCAUUGUGCCUGGCGAACACGUUUUGGACAAGACAAAAUGUUUGGAAGCAUUGGCUGCCAUCAGGCAUGCCAAAUGGUUUCAGGCUAGAUUGGGUGUAAUUCCUAAUGGACCUUUGAUCAUUCGUAUUUUAAAAGACUUCAUUAUGCGAGAACCUAAAUGGCAUCCUUUUACUUCAUGGAUGUUGGAACUGUUUGUUGAACGUGUUUUAACUAGUGCCUUUCCUCCCAAUUCACUCAAUGCUGCUGCUGGUUUGAGCCCGGCUGAAUCAUUGAGGCGUUUCUUAGAAUCAAUUGCAAGUGGUGCCUUAUUGCCAGGGGCUACUGGUAUUCAUUUAGUUGAUCCAUGUGAGAAAGAUCCUGUUGAUGCUUUGGCACCACUUACUGUGCAACAACGAGAGGACAUAACACAGUCGGCUCAGAAUGCGUUGCGAUUGUUAACCUUCAGACAAGUGAAUAAAGUACUUGGAAUGGAAAUGCUUCCUGUAAAACAACAACGGUUUACUCGCAAGCGACGUCGUGAAGGUUCAACUAGUGAAGGGAAUGAAACAGAAGAUGUUGGUGAAAAUAAGAAGAAAGACAAAAAAGAAGAUGAUAGUAUAAUUCAAAGCCAGACAAAUGAUCCUAUUGAUACUGCUGAUGAAAUUACAAAUGGUAUAGUGGCUAAUAUGGAAACUGAGAAGAUUGAUACUAAAUAGUGUGUAAAAGUGAACUAGUCUUGUACAUUAAUUAACUAUUCUUUUUUAUGUUUAAGAAAUUAAAUUUUACAUUAUGACCCAAAUUAUAUUGUAAUAUUACCUUUA